UUCGCGGAAAUUAUUUCGUUAGCAAAUAAGUAGGGAAACCUUCUUAUACUUAUAACGAAAUCAAACAUCAUUAUAUCAGAAAACAGUUCAGAAAACAAUAUAUAUUUGCAAAAUACAUCAUGGCGACGGAAUCAAAUGUGUUGACUAUUGGAACUGAGAACGGUGAAGUUUUAGAUGGAGCUCGGAUCCCAAAGAGCCACAAAGAGUUAAAAGACUCAGAUCUAGAGAUAUAUUUGCAGAAAAUAUUACUAAACGAUGCUAGGCCAUUGACUGAAGUAUAUGUAGAUGGAUCUGUCGAAAUGUUUUCAGCGAAUGAAAAUAGGAAAAAUGGACAAUAUAUUUACGAGUUUGGUCCUAGUGAUAAGAUAAAUGGUUGGAUGAUAAGUUGUCCUACAUUUGAACCAAAAGGCGUCAUUAGGCGUUUAAAAAACAAAAUCAGUGGGGAACACUUAAUAUCUGAAAACGUUGUUAAGUAUCCUAAAGAUUCGAGAAAUUUUGUAAUGGAAUCUGUUUCCAAAGCUGUGAAUGAGGAAAGCUCGGAUAUAUAUUAUUACUUGUGUUAUCUGAAGGAACACACUAAUAAAAAAAGAACUUAAGAACA